AUGACGGAAAGCGAAAUUGAUCGAGUAUAUUUGCAACUAUAUGACUAUGAAACUAAAGUAAGUUCAAAUACAUGAUUGUUCGACAAGAUGUCUGAGAACAAAAUUUUAAGGAGUUUUCCGGAUUAACAACAUAUCAUGGCCUCGUCAGAAUAUACAACUCGAACACAUGGCCAUCGCGUAUAUUUUGGUCCGUUGUUGUACUGUCAUGUCUUUCUUUGUUCAUGAUCCAUGUGAGUUGAAUUUCAUUUACAUUUUUGAACUGAUUUUUCUUUCAGAGCGGUUAUCUCUUGUUGGGCUAUCAUGCAAAACCAACAUUGUUUCAAGUGAAUACAAUUGUCCCAACUAACGGUAAGAAGAAAAAAAAUUGAGCAAAUCAAAAAGAGAAAAUUUUUCAUUCGUCAUCCCUUUAAUGUGGAUGCACUCUGUUAAUAAUAUAAAUUAUAUAUUAUUAACAGAGUUGAUAAUAUUAUAGAAUCACAAUUUUAGGUAUUAUAUUUCCGGAUGUUACAAUUUGUAAUUUGAACUACUUCGAUCUUGAGAAAAUAAAAAGUUUGAACAUGUCCGGUUCAGUUUUUUCCUACAUUGUCAGAUUCUUCAAUGAAAUUGUAAGUUUAUUGCAGUCGUUGGCCAUUAUCUGUAUGCACUCUUCCUGCUUAUGGUUUCUGCGUUGAAGCAGUUGUUUCAAGGAGAACCCAGGUAGUGGUUGAAAAACCGAAACGUCGGAUAAAUAAACCUAAUUGUACCAAAAGUCCGCAAAAUGGGUUCUCCAAAAAGCAAUUGCUUCAACGCAAAAAUUGUAAGUUUAUUUUACGAGAAACAUGAUUUAAAGAAGCGACAGGUUACAGUGCGUUGCAAGUUUAUAAAGCCAUCACCGCCAAAAGGUUCCUCAUCCGUACCAAUUCAACUUUGUAAAGUCCUGUAACGGAAUGGAACGUUGGACAUAGAUUUAGAAAAAGUAUGGUGUGGGAAGCUUUUGAAGAGUUCCGUAGCAUUGCUUGUGAGGUCAUAUGUCCCACUUCGAGCAUUACUGAUUGCCAUAAGUCUCAUCGCAUCGAAUGCGCUCUUGGCAUGAUGUCGACCAAUAUGUUCUUUUGGUCAGCUUUGUUCGUUCAGAAACUUGUUUUGCCGGUCAAAUCAUCAUUUCGAAUGAAUACGUGUACAAUCUGAACUGUCCGCUUCGUCUUCUCGCAGAGAACCUUUGGAGAACGAAGCCUUGUGGCUGAACUUGGCGGAACCAUUUGAUACCCCCCCCCCCCCCGUAGUUGAUUUGGUCUUAAAUCAUGUUGUCUUUUGACUUUGGUGGUGGGAAUAAAAACCUUGUGGCAUGAACAUUCAGUUCCGGUGUCGGCUCAAAAAAAAACAUCCUUUGUAGGAUGUUUUUUUGGGUUGGGAUUGUCCAGGAAAUGAAUUUGAAGCACUUUAGAUGACAACUGAUUUAACCGCCAGAAUGACAAAAACAGUUUGAAACGGUUUUUCAGAUAUGUGUAACCUAUUUUGUGCUCAUAGGUCUUGACUUUGUGCCCUGAAUCGGAUUUCGAAGUCGUCGGGUCGGAAAUAUUUUCGAGCGCCACGUUGCAGUGCCCAACGGGGGUGGCCUAAUAAACUUGCAACGCACUGUAUUUGCAAAAACCUUUUAUAUAUUAAAAGGAAUACAUGUAUCUUUCAGAGUUACGUUCAAAACAUGGCAACCGUCAAUGAACAUGAAGAGUACCAAAACUUCACUGACCAAUACAAACACCUAACGGGAAAGGUCUUUUAUAUACCUGAUUUUUUGAAAUCCAACAGGUUUCCUCUUUUUUUUUUCAAAACCAAUUUUUUUCUAGUAAACGAUGUGAAGAUACGAUAGUUUCCUGCAGCUUUGGUCGUCGGCAAAUUGAAAAUUGCUGUGAUCGUAUUGUCACUGAACUUACUGAAUCGGGUAUAUGUUACAGGUAAUAAGCAAUUUUAGAGUAAAAAAUAGUUUUUAAGAAACUGGUUUUUUACGAAAAACAUUGAAUCAUACGCAAAUGUGACAGUACAUGAUAGUAAUGUACUUUUCCAUCGGAAAAUUUUCAGACUGUCCAGUGAUAACACACGUAGACAGUGGUAUAGCGGAUCUGGAUUUGGUUGGGAAAUUAUAGUGAAUGGAAAUAAUGAACACAAAAUCAGUAACAUAAUUAAAAACGAUAUAGAUACAAAAAGCCUUUUCAUUUCAGGAGACCAGUAUUCCAAUUACAACGUCGAUUAUGGAUUCACUGUGAUGGUUCAUGAACAUGAUAAAUACCCACGUAUCAAUUCCUUUGCUGUCUCUGUAUCACCUGGAGAUAUGCUUCACGCAUCACUUGUUCAGAAAAAUGUAAGAGAAUGAGUGUGAUGUCCGAGUCAAGCCGGGCUCUUGGUUCCAGGUUUUAAUUGAACUAGACGCGCAUACUCAAUGUACUCCUUUUGGUUGAGUCUCAUUAAUUUAGGAUGCCUGAUUUGAGAGAUAUGAAUUUUUAAUGACAUACCACUCAAGUGACCGCUUUUGAAAAAGAAAGUUCCGGACGUAUUAUAGGAGCAUUUCACAGAAAUGGCGCUCUGUUCGCAAUGUGGCCGAAUUUCUAGGCCGCGAAGUAAUUUUUGACUGAAAACGUGGCCUGACUUUUCAAACUCGGCCCCGAGGUCACUCAAUUUGCAGUUUUCUCUCUCUCUGUAUCUGUCUGCAAAAAUAGUUUCCUAACAGAGCGCCAUUUCCGUGAGGUGCCCUUAUAAUAGAAAAAUGUGAUUGUUUCUAUAUUGAAAGUAGUCUAGGACACCUACAAUACAUACCCAAAAUAUCAUAAAUUUCUUGCCUCUAGUUCAAUUAUAACCUGGAGCCAAGAUCCAUCCAACGAGAAAAAAUCCCACAAUUAGCGAAAUGUUCUGUUCAACUAAUACGAAUAAUUUUAGAUCACUUUGUUGGACACAGACAAUUGGGGUUCUUGCACUAAAGGAUGGGAAGAACAUAUUCAAGGACUACCGGUUAGUCAGAUAUAUUUCACCGGUAGGGCAUCACCAGUUUACGACCAUGUCUAUUUUCUGGCUUCCGAACAAGAUGAUCGUUCUUAUCUUCCUUAAAUAUAGAACACAAGAGGCGCCUUUCCUUCUGUCUGUCUUUUUGAAUGUCCGCUCAGCGCCAUGCGAGGACGGAGGCCGAGCGAGUAGGCAUGCGAGCGGAGAAAAGCCUUUUUUGGAUUGCGCAGCAAUGCCCGUAGUUUUGCUGCGCACAAAACAUAACAAUUUGAAAAUUGAAGAGUUCAUGUUCCAAGAUGAAGCACCUUUCACAUGUGUCUCUCUGAUUUAAAUGCAACGGCUCAUCAAUCGGAAAAAUCAUAGGUGCGGGAUGUUUGAGAAACGCCAAAACAUUUUUCCAACCUGGCCGGAUUGAAAUUUCCCAACCUGUUACAGUCGGGGUAAGGUCAGAAAUUUCCAGAUUGCAGCACGUUAUGGACACUCCUGCAAUCUGGUCAUUAGUGACUGUAGAAUGCCAGAAAUUCUAAUUGGUCCAAAUGAGUAAAAACUGAAUGAAUAUGACCCAUAGAAGUAAUUCAGACAGUUAGAACAACUUGACAACCUGUUACAGUCCGAGUAAAUUUGGCAGCCGUAAGCCGUAAGAUUUUUUUUCCGAAUUAGGCUCCACCGACUCGCCUGUCCCUCACUGCCGGCGCUCGACUCAAAACACAUCUGCUAAGAACAACUGGAAUUCAGCGUUGCCAAGCGGUUGCGAAACGUACUAAAUGCGAAACGUAAUAGUUGCGGAACGUAACGUAUCAAAACACUUGGUUGCCAUUUUCUAUGGUUGUAACACGUGAGAGUUGCCAAAUUUGUUUUAGUGGCGAAACGUAACGGUUGUGGAGACGAAAAGGUCUCUUGAUUCCUUGGGAACCCCAAGGAAAGCGUACAACUAGUCUUUUCUACUUCCAAAGUACAGUUAUUCGGCGAGAGAAGGCAGAGGCUAACUGUACCUUUUCUAAUGUCUUUACUUGACCGAUUGAUCUAAAAAAUUAUAAUAUAAAAGCGCCCGGCUACCGCCGGGUUUUAGGCUUGGCUACGAGAAUUUCUGCGCAAUGCAAAAAAGGCUCGCUCCGCUCGUAUGUCUACUGGCUCGGCCUCGCAUGGUCUGGCAAUGGUCGGGUGGUAAAAUAUUAGUAAAUAUUCUUAAAAGAACAAAAUUUACACACUUUUCUAUUUUAGUACACUGCCAAUCAUUGUGAAACGGAAUGCAAACGACUUCAAACUGAAACACUCUGCAACUGUUCCCCUCUUGCGUAUUCAGCUCGUAAUUUGUCUUCUCACAACCAAGACGUCUGUUCUCCUUUAGAACUAUCAAAUUGUUUGGCUUCACAAAACUGUUUGUUUUGUGUUGAUUUUGAACGUAUUGUUUCAAUGCAAUGUUGCAGCAAGUUGGGAGUGGGAAAAACUGUGUGAUUGUGCGUCUGAAUGUAAAUUGCUUGAGUUUGAGAUCACGACAAGUUACUCUACAAUUCCAAAGGAAGUCGCAACAAAUCUUAAUUAUACCGGCAAGCAAGUCGAGUAAGUUACACGGUCAAAAUUCGAAAGUAUCAAAAAUCAUUUUAAGAUCGGAUAUUUCGUUCAUCAGUUUAUACUUCCGUCAAGUUUCGUAUGAUUUUCUAGAACAACAAAAACAGUUACAAACUGCUGAUUUGCUAUCAAAUAUUGCUGGUAGCAUGGGUUUGUUCCUAGGCAUGAGUACUGUAAGACCUCAAUGCAAAACGAACCAAUUUCAAAAUUCUCUUCUCAGGUAACACUGUUAGAAAUAUUCAUUUACUUGUUCAAAUCAGUUUGGGGAACUGUUAAUUCAGCGAGACAGAAACAAUUCGUGGAUGCGGUUGCUGAGGAAGAGAGAGAGAAACAACAAAGUAUUCUGAUUAUACAGAAUACAGGAUCUGAAAAUGACGAAAAUAAUGUGAGCCAACAUUUUCAAGUUAUAACGAAUCAGUUCUGUGAGGUUUUGGGUAGGUCAACUAAACUUAAUUUGCUGACUAAAGACAACAAAUGUUUCAACAAUAGCAGUUUCUUUUAUGCCAUCCGGAAGUGAUUAACAACAUUAAAACAUGAAAGUGCUAAUUGUAGAUCGCUGACAUACGAGUCACAAAGAAAGAAGAGGAGAAAUAUUCGGGAAGUUCCAUUCAUAUUCAUUUGGAUCGAAGAAAUAGCCGAAUGGUAAACAUUUUGUUGUUUUAAUUAGACUGCCAGGGCAAGCUUUGACUCCUAUCUUUUUUUUCGUCUGAAAAAUAUUUUUAAUGGCACGCUCAAUUUGACGGAGAAUUAUUCUGAUUUCUAAGAAUGUUUUCAGAAUUUUGGAAAAAGGUGAGGUGAAGGCUUUUUUGUGAGUUGUUGUUUGACUAUAUUAUCAUAAAAUACUUUUAAAAACGCGACUUAUUAAUUUUUGUUUUAGAUACGCGGUGGAGAUUUGUUCUCUCCUCCAAGAGGAUCUGUUAACAUACCGUCACAGAUACUAUCACCUCUUUCAAAACACUGCAGGUAAAAAAACUUGUUUAGUUUCCAAAAAACAGUUUUUGCAUGAUCUGAUACCAACGCUUUCCUAAUUAGUUUUUGAAAGCAAAAUUGAUCACUGUGUUCCUUUAGAAAGUCCAUAAGUGCCGGUCCAAUAGGUAGAAAGACAUCAUCAAUUGGUUUAUCUAUGCUGACGUCCCGCGAAGAUUCAUCGAAUUCAAGUAACCCUUUGUUACGGAAGAACAGCUUCAUGGUCCCAUCUGUCUCUCUAAAGUAAGGUUGCCAUCGAUUGCAUAAUGUGGGCUGGCCAGCAUAAUCCUUCAACCUUUCUCUCAUUAAUAGUUUUUGACAGUUGUACCACUCCUCAAGCCAAAACCGUAUUUGUGUUGAUAACAGUUUGCAUCACAGAGUUUUUUUCAGAAAACGUAACAGCACUGUAAGCCAACCGGACAAACCGUUAGCAACUCGUAAAGUUUCAACUCAGUCUAUGUUCAAAUCACAAGUGAUUUGACUCGUACUGGUACAAUGUGACCUUUCAUAUACAAACCCUUACACGUGUCGAACAUCACAUAUGGAGGGUUUUCCAAACAAAGCGCUUUACUUUGAAAUGCCUCGAGAGUAGUUCUGAACUACUAGUUCACUUUGCUUGCCUUCAAUCGAUGCAUUUAUACACGUUAUUUCUGAAUGAAUUUUUCUUUCUUUAAAUUCAUACGACAUAAAAAAUUUCACAAAAGGCAAAUUGCUUUCAAAGACGCUGCUCACAUAGAAUUCAGAAAUUGGAGUACUGUCAACGUCCGUUGGUUGCAACAGCAAAUCUCCGAAUUCUCCUAUUGUGCAAAAAGCUACUUAGCGUUUAUGUCAUCUUUCUGAGCAGCCUCUGGUAAAUGGAUUUCGAUUUAAUUAGAACUAAUUCGAAUCUAAUUGCAAUUAGAUUAGUUUUCACAUCUAAUAACUCAGGGAACUCGUUAUUCAUCUAGCUAGCUAAUUCGCGUUUAUAACCGGCCCUAAUUAGAUUGCUAAUUUACUGGAAUUAGACUGCAAAAUAUAUUUUCUGAUUAGAUUGACAAAAAAUGUUCUGAUUAGAUUGACAAAGAACUGAUAUUACAUUCACAAUUCAUCUAAUUAGAUUAACGCUUUCGAUCAAAGUGUUAAUCUAAUUCAAUGAAUGAAAAGCUCUGGCCCCUUCGGUGUUUGCAGACUCAAGCCUAAUGUCAGGAAAUUUUGGCGAUACCCAGGUCCAGAUUUCUGGAACCUGCCUCCCAGGUCCAGAUUUCUGGAGACCUAAUUAGAUGAAGUGUGAAUCUCAUAUCAGUUGUUUGUCAAUCUAAUCAGACAAAUGUUUGUUUUGUCAAUUUAAUUAGAACACUUAUCAGUUUAUUUAGAAGAAUUUGCAAUCUAAUUAUUGCCGGUUAUAAACGCGAAUUAGCUAGCUAUACUCAAUUUACCGCUCUUGCCCCCUCGGUGUUUGCAGACUCAAGCCUAACUGGCAAAGUUGAAGGAGUAUUAUAGGGGCACCGCACAGAAAUGGCGCUCUGUUGAGAAACUCCUUUUGCAGUGCAAAUUGAGCGACCUCGGGGCCGAGUUUGAAAAGUUAGGCCGCAUUUUCAGCGGAAAAUUACUUCGCGGCCUAGUAAUUCGGCCAGAUUGCGAACAGCGCACCCUUUCUGUCCGGUGCCCCUAUAAUAAUAUCAUCGUCGAGUGUGAUGACGUCCAGAACCAAUUCUAAAAAUUCAUAAAAAUAGAAAUGUCUUUUUUUAAAAGAUUAUCUCACCUGGGCGAACGGCUAGAUUUUUAUUUUUGUUUUCUAUUCCCAUUUCAACUCGUGAAUUUGUUUCUCGAAAGCCCAUUUAUUUUCCAUCAUUUUAGUAGAUAGAGAAUCUAACAUGUCCUCUGAAAAUGAAACGUUGUGAUAAACUGAACAUAGCCAAAUACGUUCUACUUUUUCGUUCGUAGGCUUUUUCAUUUUGGCAGAGAAUUGUAGAGUAGAGAGUAUGACAAAAGGGUGAUAAGCCAAAAAACCACGGAUGCUAAAAGGUAGGAAAGGUAAUGUAUCUCAUCAUGGAGAUGCUGCAUCCAUCGACAAAUAUACUAAGCGAAUUGCUGGCGAUGUGACUCUACUUUCUUCAUACACAUCAAAAAGGCUCAAUGACUCACUUGUACGUUGCCUCUAAAUAUGUUAAUAAGAUUUCAUUUUAAUGUAUAUUAAAGCUCCAGCCUGUUUUUUGUAGAUAUCAGCGUGGCCAUCAGCACACAAUGGAAUUCUGAAGGAACAGAUCUUGCGAAUCGUGUCAAAACCAGGAUACGUUGACGACAAACAUUUGAAAAUAGUGGCUGAUCUCACACAUCCACUACUUAUCAACACGGGCAUUCCCAAGUCAGUAUUUGUUUUAUAUAGGUUAAAUUCAUGCUCUUUUUAAUAACUGCAUUAUCGUUCUUCUCUCACCGAUUUAUUUAUUUCAUUGUAGAUAUCAUAAUAUCUGAGAAAGUCGAAUUUUUUAGCCAUGUCUACGAGAUGCUAAUCGUCCGAGCUGCAGACGAAGAUUACGACCUCUCCUUUGAUGGCAUAGGCAACCAUUGCUCCCUUACUAAGGGGGCAUCCGGUUUUGAUACGAUUAUCGGUCGCACACCUCUCAACUCUGCGAAUCAACAGGUGGAAUGUAAUAACUUUAAAAUAUUGUAUACACAUGUAUUCGAGAAAACACAUUUAUUCUUACAGUUGAUGUUGCGAGAGAAAUGUUUCGCCGGAGCAAAUACGCGGAAAAAUUAAACAUAACCAUUCAGUUUAAAAUGGAGUACGUUCUUCGUUAA